AUGGAAUCACGGGAAUUUGCGACUAAGGACGAACUCUGGCGCAUCCAAGAGACUCUCAGCGAGCUCUCCGCAACUCAAGCUGUUCACUCCGACAGAAUCAUGCGUUUGGAGCAGAAAACGUCUGAAGGGAGCAGAUCGCGAACUCUUUGGGGGUCAGCAUCUCCCUUUCCAGGCGGUCUUGGUUCGUCGCAUCACGAAUCUACUCUAAAUCCUGCGGCUGAGGCCUUUCGGAAUUUUGAUGUUGAGCCUGCUGCAAGUAUGAUGAGUUCAUUGACCUUGGACGCCACCGACGAGUCGAGACGAGCGGCGGCAUCACGGGCCAAUUCUGUGCGUUUCGAUGAAAGUGCGAACAACCACUAUGCAACAUCUAGACAAUCAAUAGAACUUCCCACCCGAACAGGAAGCGGUCUUGGAGGCCACACGCUCUCGGAGAGAUCUCUGUCACAUCGUUCAGACGGGAGGCCCAGUGUUGCUGGAUUUGGUCGGACAAACAGCUUUGGUUUAGAGCAAAGCCGCCUUCUUGGAUCCAUACACAACUCUCCCCGCGUCUUGGGAAAUCCACCGCCCGGUUUCUUCAUCCUAGGGCCCUGUCCCUCGAUUAUUCGCUGUUGGCUGACCGAGUCAUUUUCCAACGAUUCCCUCCUCUACGCUGCCAUUUGCACUGGCUCUUCGACGUCCUCAGUAAGCCUCGCUCUGGUCGCCAAGCUUGAUUUGUUGGAUUCCAUAUUCGAUGAUGGCGAGUUUCGUGCCAUUCGAUUGCCUGUCUAUCUCACCGAGGCGAAAAUCCAUUCUCCUGCUGUUCGAUCCGCCAGUCCAGUGCCUCACGUUCCAACUUUGACUGUCAAAUUCGUCAUCGACGAACAACCAGUCUGCGAGACGUCAAUACAGAUCGUCUUGGGUAGUGACGUGCUCAGGAGUCACAAUGGCGAUAUCCUCUUCUCGCAAGACAGGUUGAUGAUUUUUGACGAGGAGCGGAAUCAGCUUUCCAUACCACUUGUCCGUCCGGAAGAUGACGCCUCGUACAAGGAUUUGUGCACUGCACCCCGCAGACGAGCGGCGUCCAUUGAAGGAGCCAUGCUACCCCCGCCGGUAUCUCCAGUGGGUGUAAUCGGGCGACCCGGAAGGUCAAACACUGCACAGAUGGUAGCCUCGCCUAGGGUGGCACCAUCAAGCAGCAUUCCAUCGGCCACCCCUUCUGAACCCGGAGACAUUCGCAGGUCUGAUCUUCACGCCGAACAGUCCACCAGAUCAAGCCUGGAUCUCACGCCUUCUCGGCCUGCAGAUGACUCCAAGUCGACGACCGGAAGCGAGAAGUCGUUUAGUACGCCCAUGUCCAAAUCUGGUCAGGGGGUGUGGUCGAAUUCUUGGCGGUCAGCUUCGAGUUUUACGCAGAACGACCAGGCUCCGAAGACUUCUUCUACGUAUGCGCGUCCCAGCGUGUCACGUCCUAUGAAGAUCUUGCGGCCGGCUAAGACUAUGGCUAACGCCACAAGAACGGCAUCGACGCCGAUAGGGACCAAUGGAACGGAUAAUCCUCCAAAGCCAGAUGAAUUUGGCAGAAAGGCUAGCCAAACCGACCUCAAGGACAACGCGAGAUCAGCUCAGUCCACAUCGACAAUAAAGAGCAAUCCAGUCGGAUCGGGUACUGCGUUUGGCUGGCUUAACACUGGUCCACAGCGUAGAACGACGGCCAAUGGAUAA